AUGCCACAAAACGGUGAAUCAGAUGUGGACGACAGUGCCAGAUCGAAACUAAUCAAGACAAAUUGGCUUCAUGACGAGGAAGACCUGAUCAACAACAGUCCAAGUCAACUGGACGGGAUCUCUUUCCAACUGGAGCGUUUGAAGAAAAGAGAAGGAUGCGAGUUCAUUUUCAAUGCUACCAAAAAAGUCAUGGAGGGAAUCGAUGAAACUCGCUUGAUUUCUACCGCUGCUUACUUCUUCCACCGUUUCUACACUAUUCAAUCUCUGAAAAAAUGCGAUCCGAUUGACGUUGCAGCAGCGAGUGUUCUGGUGACGUGUAAACCAGAAUUGUACCGAACCCCUCUGCUGAAUAUUGUGAAAAUCGUGUGGAAUCAUAAGUAUCCUUCGAAACAACCGACAGACGAGGGAUUGCAGCAGUUGAAAAGUCUGGUGAUCUUAUUGGAAGCUUUAUUGUUGAAAACUUUAGGAUUCGACUUGAAUAUCCAACUACCUCACUACUUUAUUCUCAAAAUAAUGGGAGAAAUCGAUCAAGGUAGUGGUCAAAACGUGGAGGUUGUGAAAUCUGCGUAUUUUCUGGCGACUGAAAUGCUGUUGUUCAGUAACUGGUCAGUACGAUUCUCCUCCCCAACCAUUGCUGCAGCGUGUCUCAAAAUCGCUGGUAUCAGUCAUAGACAAAAAAUGUGUGACAUCACGGCGGAUAAUAUGGGAGAGGAUUGGUACAAAGUAUAUGAACCUUCCUUGAAGUCGAAAGUAAUUAGAUACAUGACAAGUGAAAUCGUGUGUGGCCGAGUGCCAGCAAUAUAUGAUCUCAUCAGGGAGAAAGAUCAUCGCGGUUUCAAAAAAAUUAUAACGGAACGAGAGAAUGUUUAUAUAAGACCCAUCAAAUCAGAGUGGAGAACUUGUGGACGUAAGAGACAUUGGACAACUCAACCUCACUCCUCUCAAAAUGCUGCCUCGACAUCAAACUCGUCUUCAAACACUAAACAUAUACCAUCACUUCUGGAACUCCACAUACCGAAAAUGUCGGAUUUCGAGAGACGAAACCCUUCUGUGUUCUCGCAAACAUCAGAAGAAUGGUGA